GCGCUGCUUGCUGCCUGCAGCCUCGGCCGGCCGGCAAGCCAGUGCGCGUGCGCGGCGGCGGCCUCCGCGGCGACCGGAGAGGACGCGCCGGCGAGCGAGCGGAGCGGGAAGCGAGGCGAGGCCGGGCUCAGCGACAUGGGGGACCGCGAGCAGCUGCUGCAGCGGGCGCGGCUGGCCGAGCAGGCGGAGCGCUACGACGACAUGGCCUCCGCCAUGAAGGCGGUGACCGAGCUUAAUGAACCUCUCUCCAAUGAAGACAGAAACCUCCUCUCCGUGGCCUACAAGAAUGUGGUUGGUGCCCGGAGGUCUUCCUGGAGGGUCAUCAGCAGCAUCGAGCAGAAGACCAUGGCUGACGGGAAUGAGAAGAAGCUGGAGAAGGUGAAGGCCUACCGGGAGAAGAUUGAGAAGGAGCUGGAGACGGUGUGCAAUGAUGUGCUGGCGCUGCUGGACAAGUUCCUCAUCAAGAACUGCAAUGACUUCCAGUACGAGAGCAAGGUCUUCUACCUGAAGAUGAAGGGCGACUACUACCGCUACCUGGCCGAGGUGGCUUCUGGCGAGAAGAAGAACAGUGUGGUGGAGGCCUCAGAGGCGGCCUACAAGGAGGCCUUCGAGAUCAGCAAGGAGCACAUGCAGCCCACACACCCCAUCCGGCUGGGCCUGGCCCUCAACUUCUCCGUGUUCUACUACGAGAUCCAGAAUGCGCCCGAGCAGGCCUGCCUCCUCGCCAAACAAGCCUUCGACGACGCCAUAGCCGAGCUGGACACACUAAACGAGGAUUCCUAUAAGGACUCCACGCUCAUCAUGCAGCUGCUGCGAGACAACCUCACCCUCUGGACGAGCGACCAGCAGGACGAGGAAGCCGGAGAAGGCAACUGAGCGCCUUGGCCCGCCCCACCCCGCCCCUUCACCACCAGUCCCUCCUCGCCACACUCACUCAGUAUCCAGUGCUCAACCUCUCUGUACGGCAGCACAGCUACUCAGACCUGCUCUCCGCCCCGGGAAGCAGUUCCAGAUAAAUUAAUUCAUGGGCAUUGCUGGACUGACGGUUGCUUUGAGCCCACAGGAGCUCCCUUUUUGGAUUGUGCAGACAGGUGCGUUCUGAAGGAGGCAUUUUCGUUUGCUUGCCUGUCUAGGUGAAGUGCAGGCGAAAGCCACAGAAAGUUAGAGAGGAGAAUUAGCCACCCAGGCUACAGUUGGUAUUUAAAUGGUCCACUUCAAACCAGCUGCUAGUGUUUUGUUAAAGCAGUACAUCUGUGCAUGCAAAAGUGAAUUCACCCCUCCCUCUUCUUUCUUAGCUAAUGGAAACCCAUUAAGGGAAGGCGGGACGAGAGACCACUUGCUCCUUUCCAUCAGCUUAAUAAUAAACUUUAACGUGAGGUUUCAGUAGCACCUUGUUCGCCUCUUUAAAUUAUGACGUGCACAAACCUUCUUUUCAAUGCAAUGCAUCUAAAGUUUUGAUACCUGUAACUUUUUUUUUUUUUUGGUUGCAAUUGUUUAAGAAUCAUGGAUUUAUUUUUUGUAACUCUUUGGCUAUCGUCCUUGUGUAUCCUGACAGCGCCAUGUGUGUCAGCCCAUGUCAAUCAAGAUGGGUGAUUAUGAAAUGCCAGACUCCUUAAUUAAAUGUUUUGGAAUUCAGUGGGUAAAUAAAAAUGCUGCUUUGGGGAUAUUA